UUCAAACAAUCAAACGGACGUUUGUCCAUUGCCCAAACCUCCGUGUCUCUGCAAUUUUCCGGUCGAUGUUGUGCUUUGCUUAUGCUCAGCGAUUACUUGGAGGAAUUGUCAUCCACAAGGCAUUCGCUACGCUACAACGCCUUUCACUGUCCCUUUACCACAGGAGGAAAUUUCCCGCUGAUUACACGCUUUUGUGGUAUCAUGGGGGGUUUACUUGUUUCUUGAAGUGGUGAUCAGCUGAUGGAAACUGAGGGUGUUGCAGCGAAACACAGGAAAGAUAGUUCUUCAUUUUUUUUACUUUUCGUGUGUUUUUUUUUUCUUUUGUGGCUGGAGAGUUGGAAAGAAUGAAGGGUUCUUCUGGGAAAGGUUGGAACAGCAGCUUUGAUUACUCAUUCAAGAUAUUGGUGAUUGGGGAUUCGGGUGUUGGCAAGAGCAGCCUUCUUCUCAGCUUCAUCUCUAAUUCUGUUCACGAGCCUUCUCCUACCAUUGGUGUGGACUUUAAGAUCAAGCUUUUGACAGUUGGAGGCAAGAGAUUGAAGCUUACAAUUUGGGAUACUGCUGGACAAGAGAGGUUUGGGACAUUGACGAGCUCGUAUUAUAGAGGGGCGCACGGAAUUAUAUUGGUUUAUGACGUGACGCGGCGAGAGACUUUUAAAAAUUUGUCAGACAUAUGGGCAAAAGAAGUGGAUCUUUACCCUACAAAUCAGGACUGUAUCAGAAUCUUAGUCGGGAAUAAGGUUGAUAAGGAGAGUGAAAGGGCUGUAACUAGGGAAGAAGGAAGAGAUCUAGCUCAAAAACAUAGAUGUUCGUUUCUUGAAUGUAGCGCAAAAACUAGAGAGAACGUCAAUCAAUGCUUCAAGGAGCUUAUACAGAAGAUGAUGGAGGUGCCUAGUAUACUAGAGAAAGGAUCUGUGGCAGUGAAGAAGCAAAUCUUGAAACAGAAAGUACUGGAUCAACCGCCUCGCCAAAGCAGUUGCUGUUCCUAGAUAGAAUUGUUUGACAUACAAAAACAAAUAGGUGAUAUUGACUUACAGAGUCGGUAUACACAUGUUUGAAAGAAGAUUUACUGUUUUUUUUUUGUCAUAAAAGAAGAUUUACUGUUGAAAAUUGACAAAAAGAAAGAUUCUUAGUACAUUGUAAAUCUGGUGGUAUAGGUAUAGGUAUAUUGUUGAGUCGGGGAUUCCAUCCGUGCGCUAUAGUUUAAUAUUGUAAACCGCUGAUUUGAGUUUUGUAAAUAGAAAAAGUUCUACUUUUCAUAACCA